CCUGUCAGCACUUUUCUCCACCCCAACGAACAGGCCUGGCGAGUAGUAGUCGCGGGAUGAUAAGAAUCCCAUGGGCCCUGGUUCAAUGAAUCUAUACCGACACCCCAUCUUUGACACGGCACGGAGAGAGCGAGUGUGUAAGAGCAAUGAGUGCUUAUCAACAUGCCCGCUAUCCAGGUCAAUUAUGGAAACCUGACCGCUGUAAAGUUUCGAUAAAUGGGAUGUUUCAUCUGCCAUUCAGGAAAAUGAUAGAUGGUAUAAGUAUAAGGGUAACCCGAUUUCUCUGGCGCAAUCCGGUUAUUGUUUUGUCUUUUGUCUUUUGCCAUUUCUCUUUUCUCGCCAUGGAUCCAGAAAAAUCCGCGGGGAAAUCCCCUUCGACAGGAUCUGUAACAGACAUCAGCACAGGUGAAAAUGCGAUUCCUGUGGAUCCUGUUUUCGGACAAACCAAACGUGGGCUUUCUGGUCGACAUGUACAAUUGAUGGCGUUGGGAGGUUCCAUUGGAACUGGGCUUUUCGUUGGAAUUGGAGGCGUGUUGUCAACCUCUGGUCCACUUUCCCUGGUUCUGGGAUAUCUGUUUUACUGCAUCACAUUCAUCUGGCCUUGUAAUUUGGUUGUUGGGGAAAUGGCCACUUACCUUCCCAUUCGUGGUUCGAUUUUCGAGUUCGCCAAGCGAUAUGUUGACGAGGCAUUUGGAUUUGCACUUGGAUGGACCUAUUUCUACACUGCAGCUAUGCUUCUAUGUGCAGAACUUUCUGCAGUAGCCACCGUAUGUUUUCUUCAAUAUUGAUUCCCUUUCCAGCCAAGAAGCUACGUGCUAAUUUAUUCAGGUCAUUUCUUUCUGGGACUCGGAGACAAAUCCUGCUGCGUGGGUGGCUUUGGCUUUGGCUGUUAUGAUUGUUCUAAAUAUCAUUGCGGUGAAAUGGUAUGGAGAAUCGGAAUUCGUCAUGGCUGUAAGUUUCACUUCCUUCAUUCCUCAAGUACAGUUGCUGAUACCAUCAAGUCAACUAAAAUUCUUCUCAUCGUGGGUUUGAUUGCUCUAACAUUCGUCACCAUGGUUGGCGGUAAUCCCAAGCACGAUGCAUACGGAUUCCGUUACUGGAAGAAUGGUAAUCAUAUCCACGCCUACUGGACAGACGGAGCUCUUGGAAAUUUUCUUGGUUGGUGGAGAGUAGUUCUUUAUGCUGCAUUUUCCGUAGCUGGACCAGAUCUUCUCGCGCUUGCUGCUGGAGAAAUUCAAAACCCACGUCGCCAAAUCCCCCGAGUUGCGAAACGUGCUUUCUACCGAAUUGCUGGAUUCUACGUGGUUGGUGUCUUCGCAGUUGGGAUCCUCUGUUCCAGUCAUGACCAACGCCUUAUCAGCGCCCUCGCAGAUGGACACAGUGGUGCUGCGGCUUCUCCUUGGGUCAUUGGAAUCCAAAACCUGGGAAUUGAAGGUCUCCCUUCCUUCAUUAAUUUCCUCAUUCUACUCUCCGCUUGGUCCUGCGGAAACGCCUACCUCUACGCUGCGUCCAGAACUCUUUACUCGCUAGCUUUGGACGGACAAGCUCCUCAAAUUUUUAGAAAAUGUACCAAAUCUGGUGUUCCGCUUUAUACAGUUGCCGUACCUUCACUCCUUGGAUGUUUAGCGUUCAUGGUGGCUAGCUCUUCUUCCGUUGAGGUCUUCGGCUGGUUCGUUUCUCUUUCGACUAUUGGUUUCGUCCUCACGUAUACUGGAUACAUUGUCACUUUCAUCGGCUGGUAUCGCGCUCUCAACGCGCAAGGCAUUUCUCGCGAUACUCUUCCAUGGAAGGCCCCAUUCAUGCCUUAUUUUGCCUACUGGGCUAUUGGAACUGGUUGCGUUACGAUCUUCUUUUCUGGCUGGAACACCUUUAAGCCAUUUGACGUUCAAGGCUUCAUCACAUCUUAUUUUGGCGUUGCAUUUUCGGCCUUCAUGUACACUUUGUGGAAGAUCUUGAAGAGAACGAAAGCUGUAAACCCGGCUGAGGCAGAUCUGGUAACCGGAAAGGCGGAAGUUGAUGAAGAGUGCAGACAUUGGGAUGAGAACCCAGGGAAGGAGAGAGCUGAGAUGACUCGCAUGGAGAAGAUUUGGGAUUCUUGUUGGUAG